AUGGGAGGAGACACAACUGAAACAGAAGACAAAACCCCUGACGGGAGCAGCGGUCAGUCAUUUACCGACCCCGCUGAACCAAUGCUGCCGACACCUAGUGAGACAACAGCAUGGAAGUCCAUUUACAUGGCAGGAGCAUGUUCAUUCAUACAAGCCACGCAGUUUGCAAUAUUCUUUGCGAGUAUGUGGCCCUAUAUACUUACGCUCAAACCUGAUGUGAAGCAAGGCAGUUUUGGAGUAGUUGUAGCGUUAUACAGCGUGUCUCAAUGUAUUUGUUCGGUUGGAUUCGGGUGGUGGAGUAACAGGAUCGGACAAGUCAGAUUACCGCUUAUUGUCGGAUUUCUUAUUAUGGCUUGUGGAAAUUUGACUUAUCUGAGUUUGCAAUACUGGCCGAGUCAUCAUCUUUAUGUGAUGAUGGCUGCAAGAUUUAUUGCUGGUGGUGGAACAGGAAACAUGAGUCUGCUAAGAGCAUACGCAUCUACUGCUUCUACUAUGAAAGAUAGAUCAAGAGCAAUUGCAUGUGUAUCAGGUGGUAUUGCUAUGGGUACUAUGAUUGGUCCCGGUCUUCAACUCCUUUUUGCCCCACUUGGAGCAGAUGGUAUCAAUGUGCUGGGGCUGGCAAUUAGUAUCUAUUCAAGUCCCGCAUUGUUUUGUCUUAUUCUGAAUGGACUUGGACUAUUAAUUGUCAAGUUUGCAUUUGAAGAGAAAUACAUCAUCAAACACGAGAACGAUGUUAAGCACGAUGAGGAGAAUGGAGAAAAGACGGCUAAGAAACUCGGAAAUCCAGACUUCAUUGCUAUUUUAUUAUGCGUCUUCACACGAUUCUUACAAAUAUUUCUCAAUACCACAACAGAAAGUAUCGGUUCUGCUUACCUCAUGAUGAUGUUUUCCUAUGAAAAAGAGGAAGCUGUUACUGUAAAUGCAGGAAUACACACUGUUUCUGGAUCGAUUGCGGCUACAAUGUUUAUUUGUUUCAUUUUCACAAAGAUUCGAGAGUACGUAAAAAUCAGAACUUUCACUCUAAUCUCAUUGAUUAUGCCGUUAACAUGGCUGAUUGCAACGUAUCCGUACAAUUUUUAUAGUGGCAGCGUGAAAAUCAUGGUGAAUGGAAGCCAUGCUGAUUGUGAUUUGAACAAAUAUAGUUGGUGUGCAGAUCAAAAAACAAUAAACCAAUAUGUAUACAUCAUUGGUUACAUUCUGGUAUUUGGAGUUGCCUUCACCUUCAUGAAUAUUACUGUGACUACACUUUUUUCUAAAGUUGUUGGACCUCGACCACAAGGAACAUACCAAGGAAUAUACCAAACCGCUGGGUCAUUUGGACGUAUGUUUGCACCAAUAAUAAUGAGUUACACCUAUACAUUAUAUGGACCAUCUGUCCCUUGGCUUAUUCUCAUUGUCUCGUUCAUCUUUCUUAUUUUGGCAUGGAUAGUUCUCCGCGAAAGAAUGGUCCCGUUUGGAGAAUAUGAACCGUCAAAAAUCGACCAUUCUAACUAA